AUGAUCCACGCGCUCUGGCUGGCCGUCAAGGAGGAAGCAGGGGAGCUCGACGAGCGCCGCAAGAACUUCGCGACGACGUGCCUGCCUACUUCUCUGGGGGAGGUGUGUCGGGACGUCCCUAGAUUAAUUGAGGCGGCGUUGUUUCCCUUCUUGCCGAUUAAAAGGAUCCUCACCGAUACAAUGGCGCCGGCCGCGGCGUGCUACGGCAUCCUAGCCUUCGUGACGUUCUACUUCGCCGUGACGCUAUUGGCCAUGUGCCCCAUCGAGGCGAACCUCCGCUUCAUCUCGGCGGCCUGGUACAUGGCCUUCGCGGCGAUUGUGGCCUACACGCGCUACCGCGUGCGCCACCACCGUCAGAUAAAACACGGCGACGUCCUCACGGACAUGUGCAUCGCCGUGCUCUUCUAUCCCCUGGCGUUGGUGCAGCACGAGAAGGAGCUCCGCGCGCCCGACGACUUCUACGGCGGCUCCCUCGACAAGGAGUCCGAGGAGAAGGAGGCGUGA